AUGAAUGCUCAUCUUAUCUUGAUGGGCUUGAAGAGAAGUGGCAAGUCGUCCAUUGUCCAGACUGUCUUUCAUGGCGCUGAACCACAGAACACAAUCUUGUUGGACACCACCUCCAAGCCCACCACCUUUGUCUUCAGAUCGCUAAUCGACUUGCAAAUAACUGAAUUGCCUGGCCAGGUGGACUACUUCCAAGACACCUGGGACGACCAGGACAUCAACUCCAUCAUGAAGGACGUCGAUUGUGUUGUUUAUGUCAUCGACUGUCUCGAUGAAUACAAGGCUACAAUCAACAACUUGCUAAAUGUCGUUUCUUUCGCUCUCGAUAACUGUCCCCAUGUCAAAAUCCACGUUUUGGUUCACAAAAUUGAUGGCUUUUCUGAAGAUUUUAAACCUGAUAUAAUGAGAGAAAUCGAAAACCAGGUCUCCUACCUAUUGUGUGAAAUUGGCCAUGAAAAACAUAUAGAUUACCAUGGAACUUCCAUAUAUAACCAAAGUAUAUUUGAGGUCAUGUCUGAGAUCAUAUCCAACUUGGUUCCUUGCCUACCUUCUCUAGAAAAUAUCCUUAACCAUUUAGUCCAACACUCAAAGAUCGAAAAGGCCUUUUUAUGUGACGUUAAAACAAAAUUAUAUUUUGUAACCGACUCUAGUCCCUCAGACUCAACAUUAUACGAAGUUUGCUCUCAAUUCAUUGAUCUAAGCGUCGAUAUUAACAGUUUAUAUCUUCCUACUCACCCAGAUGAUACAGACAGUGAAAUUCAAUCCCGUAAAAAACAACAAAAAAUCACCUCCCAUUGCACUUUAUUACCAGAUAUGAAAAUCUAUUUAAAACAAAUGAUCAAAUCUUUAUGUUUAGUUGUUUACAUCAAAGAUGAUCAAUUAUGUGACUCCAUUAACGGCCAGGCAAUACUAAAUUAUAAUGCUAAAAUAUUCGAAGAGGGUUUAGCAAAAAUAAUCGAUUGUACAAAUAAAGAUCCAACCGAUUAUAACUUAUAA